AUGUCUGCAUACAACCGCUGUGCAGCUUGCAAAUCCCUUAGAAGGAGAUGUCCGGAAGAUUGCAUUUUCGCCCCGUAUUUUCCUUCCACGCACCCUGAAAGAUUUGCAAGCGUCCACAUGAUCUAUGGUGCUAGCAAUGUUAGUAAAAUGUUACAGUUUCUAUCUUUCGAGCAGCAAGUCCCAGUUCAUCUCCGUCAACAAGCAGCUGAUUCCAUGUCCCUUGAGGCACAUCUACGCGUGCAAGACCCCAUUUACGGAUGCGUGGGAAUCAUAUCCCAGCUACAACACGAGAUAAACAUGAUUCAGUAUGAGCUCUCAAGGAGCCAAGCUCAAAUGGCACUCUACGACAUACAUUGGGUUGAACAGGCUCCAGUUCAAUUGCAAUCUGGCCCACAACAUGACGUGUAUGCUAACCGAUUCAACCUCACGAUGGCCCACCAAGCUCAAGUUGCCUUCUAUGAGCAAGCUCAACCGCCGGCCGAGAUGGACUGGAACCAAUUGCACCAUGGUGAAGCUUCAUCUUUCAAUGCCAACCAACAAGAUCCCAUGCUUAAGUUCGAUCAGCUGUAA